UUUUGUUUAUUUAUUUUUUCAUAGAUAUAUUUUAAAAAUUCGUAGUCAGAUUCUUCACUGAGAGGUCACAAAUUCUCUUGAAGAUCCAACCAAAUGCCAGCGCUUUAAUCUUUCUCUAUCAAAGUUAGGCUUUUAUCUCUUUCAAGCUCUCUUUUUUAAUUCCUCCGGUUGUCGAAAUUGUUUACUGGAAACCCCAUUCUGUCAGCUUCCUCAAAGCUCCAUUGAUUUAGAGUUUUGGGUUUGAUUCAGUCUCAAAUUCUUGCUUUGAAUGUCAGAUCAGAGCUUUAAUUUUGGGUAUUGACGGAGAUUUUUGGGUUUUGUGGCUAGCAGUUCGAUUUGUUGACUUUUGGGGUUGAAUUUGUUGAUUUCUGGAGGUUUUGAUUGGGUUUCGGGUGGUGCUACAUGUUGAUGAUGAUUGAAUCCGGGGUUGAAUUUUAGAGAGUUUCUUGUUUGGAGAUUUUAGGGUUACGUUUUUAUGUUGUAAUUAAAAAAGGGGUGAUCUAUUUUUUAGUAUUGUUUUAAUUUGUAGCUUUGAUGUGUAAACAUUACGGGGUCAUCUGCUGUAUUUCGUUGAGGAUCCUUUUUGAAAAAAAGGGAAAUUCUAUGAUGUCUACCAAUCUUUUUUAGCUCGGUGAAGAUUAACAAGUGUUUUUAAUUGCUUGAAUAUUAGUGAUUUCGUGGUGAAAAAAGUCCAAAAGUUAAGUGGGAAUUUGUUGAAUUAUAGCUUUGGUGGAUUCAUAACUUGGCAUUUGUGUAAAUUGUGGAGAAAAUGUUUGCAUCUGGCCCAGAAACUGGCCGUGAAAACAGUGGAGUUUUGAGGCCACUUUUGGUUCCAAUGCGCUUCGUUUGGCCUUAUGGGGGAGAUAGAGUGUUUCUAACUGGAUCCUUUACUAGGUGGUCAGAUCCUAUACCUAUGUCUCCAAUGGAGGGUUGCCCCACUGUAUUUCAAGUAGUUUGGUGGUUGAGUCCUGGAUAUCAUCAGUUUAAGUUUUUUGUUGAUGGUGAAUGGCGACAUGAUGAGCGGCAACCCUUCGUAAACGGUAAUUAUGGUGUGGUUAACACUGUCAAUAUAUCUGGGGAUCUGGAUGCAGUUUCUCCACGUCUUAGUCCUGAGGCCCCAAGUAGAUCCAACAUGGACCUUGAUGAUGUCUCUAUUCGUUCGGAACCAGUUCCAACUAUGUCAGAUGCAGAUUUGGAGGUCUCUCGGCAUCGUAUAGCCACUUUCUUGUCAAGACAUAUUGCAUAUGAGUUGCUUCCGGACUCAGGCAAGGUUAUUGUCUUGGAUGUUAAUAUAGCAGUGAAGCAAGCAUUCCAUAUUCUGCAUGAACAGGGAAUUCCUGUGGCUCCUCUCUGGGAUUCUUUCAAGGGCCAAUUCGUUGGAGUUCUUAGUGCAUUGGACUUUAUUCUUAUACUAAGAGAGUUGGGGAAUCAUGGUUCGAAUUUGACAGAGGAAGAAUUAGAGACACGCACAAUAUCAUUUUGGAAAGAGGGAAAGGUGCAUCUUAGCAGACAGAUUGAUGGCAAUGCAGGAUCAUAUCCUAGACGUUUUGUUCAUGCUGGGCCUUACGAUACUUUGAAGGAUGUUGCUCUGAGGAUUUUGAAAAGUAAGGUAGCUGUGGUUCCCAUCAUUCAUUCAUCACAGGAUGGUUCAUUUCCGCAACUGCUAAAUCUUGCCACUUUGUCUGAAGUUCUAAAAUGUAUAUGCCGACAUUUCAAACAUUCUUCUAGUUCCUUGCCCAUUCUUCAACAGCCAAUUUGUUCAAUUCCCUUGGGUACUUGGGUGCCAAAAAUUGGGGAAUCAAAUGGUCGGCCUCUGGCGAUGCUGCGACCAAAUGCCUCUCUUGGUGCUGCCUUAUCAUUGUUAGUUCAAGCCGAUGUAAGUUCGAUACCGAUAGUGGAUGAGAAUGACUCAUUGCUUGACAUAUAUUCACGAAGUGAUAUAACUACUUUAGCGAAGGAUAAAGCCUAUGCACAGAUUCGUCUUGAUGAAAUGAGUAUUCAUCAGGCCUUACAACUGUGUCAAGAUGCAAAUUCUUUAAAAAGAUGUCAGAUGUGUCUACGAUCCGAUACUUUGCACAAAGUGAUGGAGCAGUUAGCAAAUGACGGUAUCCUUCUCACCUGUUCUCUUUUAUUCUCAUAUGAUUAUCUCGAAGAAGGAAUCUUCCUUUUCGUCUGUUUCUCCAUGCGUCCUACUCUAUACUGCAUUGUUGCUUGUAUUCUCACAGGGGCUAGGAGACUUGUGAUCGUGGAGGCAGGCAGCAAGCGAGUAGAAGGAAUCAUUGCAUUGAGUGAUGUGUUUAAGUUCUUGCUUGAUCUUUAGCUCGAAAAGAUCAAGCUGUAAUUCUCUUAAAGAGGGCCUUACUAUGGUGGGAUCAAGUAAGAUCCAUUAAUUUUAGUGAACUCCGGAUUUCACCCUCUGCUCCUCCAUCUCUGCUCCUCCAUCUCCUCCGUUCCACACUUUCAUGCCGAGUGGUCUUAUUUGUUACUUACGAGUCGUUUAAUCGGCGGGGCUUCGCUUCGUCACUCUAAAAGCCCCAACCGAUUUUAGGAUAGGAAUUUCAAAGAGCAAAACAUGAUCUGUUUGUAUAUUGAGUACUUCGAUUUUCGCCCUUCAUUUCAAUAACCUAAUCAUCAACUCAACCAAUGCUGCUGGAACAGCUCUCCCUAUGUCAUGAAUCUAUUCUAACAGAAAAGAAAAGUGGGACAGGAGAAGAAGAAGAGGGGCUGAAGUGUAUGUUGUGAUGUAUUUAUAGCUUUUGGUCUCUGUUUCAUUAGUUGUAUGCAUUAUGCAAUCUUUUCCUGAAUUUUUUUUUUUACAGAUUUCGGUCGUCAUUUACUUGUUCA